AUGAGAUUCUCCACUGUUGUACUAGCUUUGGCUUUCGGCGUCGAAGCACUUGCUCGCCCGGCCAAAGCAACGAUCGAGGGACAGAAUGAUGUUGUAGGUGUAGAGCCGCAGGCAAAAGUAGGAGCUGCUAUAGUAACACCAGUGAAGCUCGAAGCUCCAACAGCUAGCCCAGUUGCGUCCACAGCACCAGCUUUGGCAACACCACCAUCACCACCAGCUAAUGCAUCGGCACCCCCUCCCCCACCGGCAGCAGCACCAACCCCGCCAGCCAAAGCAUCUGCCCCUCCACCAGCAGCUUUAGCAGCAGCAUCGCCUCCCCCAGCACCACCGGUGGCUCCAAAAGCUGCUGGCGUUGAACCCCCGAAAGCAAUUGCUCCCCCAGCACCUGCUGCUGGGAAUGAAACUAUUGCCGUCGAGGCCCCUAAACCUGCUCCACCACCAGCCGUUGCACCACCAAAAGCCGCUCCCGGAAACGGAACUGCUGUUGCUGAGCCUGCUAAAGCUGGAAAACCGGCAGCCGUUGCAUCUCCACCUCCAGCGGUUUCGCCUCCAGCCGCCCCUCCAGCACCACCUAAUGGAACCGCUGUCGUUGAGCCUCUUAAGCCUGCAGCACCAGCAGUUGCACCGCCAAAGGCUGCUGCUAUUAAGCCUCAGGGUCCUGGGAAAGAGCCAGCAGUCGUCGCUCCGAAAGCUGCUGCCAUUGCACCUCCAAAACCUGGACAGCAAUCAGGGGUUGCACCUCUAAAGAUCUAG